UGAAAUACAGUAACCCAGUUAAAAUAACUCUUCUCCCCUGUGGCACGCAUCAUUUCAGCUCUCGUCUCUGGACAGCUACUGGACGCCAACAUUCACUCAGAGCAACUGGAUGCAUAUUUGCAUAAUUCAAGCAUAGACAUUACCUUAACAAUCUUUUGAGGUAAAAUCAUGGAGCCGAGCCUUUUGGACCACAACAUGCAUCAUUCCUCCAGCAGCACCUACCCAGAGGACAGGACAGAGAAUCCUCCCUCCUUUCCACACAACAACACAUACAACUCCUCCUCCCCUCAGUCCUACUCUCAGUCAAGUGGUGGAUCCCUUACCUCUACGCUCCUACAGACAACCGUAGAGAGUAAAAAAAACCUGCAGGAGAGCACCACUGCAUAUUACCCCACAGACACUCCCAUGUCCAGCUCUGCCUUGACGAAUCUUAACCAGGUGGACCACCACAGCAGCGGUACCACCAUGGCACCUCUGUCUCCGGCCAGCCAGGCAUCCACCGGGGCCAGUCCCACUAGAUUCAGACCCAAUGAGGCCGGGUUGACCCAGGACUGGAUGCUGGAGCUGGUUGACAGACACCGGGCCAAGCGUGCCAGAGUGGAGAACAUCAUCAGAGGCAUGGCAGGCUCUCCUCUCAGUGUUUAUUUCACAGGUGAAGGGUUUGGUGAAGGGGAGACCACUCCAACCAGUCACCUUCAGAGUGAGAUGUUGGAAAACAAGAGGAAACAGAGGGUGCCGCGGCACCAGGACCUCCCUGGGACGGGGGGUGUUAGCGGGAAGAGUACGGACGAUGGACAUACAUUGAGGAAGCAGCUUCAGACCAUGCAGAGGCUCCUGGGUCAACUCCAGGCCAGGUUCAUCCAGGUCUACGAGAAUCAAACUAAUGAGUCUGAAGAGGAUGACCACCAUAGUACUUGGAACAAAGAAUAUGUGGAGACAAAGACAUCUCCUGGUGAGGUGUUCUUGGACCCUUACAGUGAGUUUAACAAUAAGACGCCUUUAGAUAAAGGUAAUCUGGGAUGGAUGAAUAACAAGCAAACUGACUACCUUCACUCGAACCCAGACAACGAAGACAAACUCCUGGCAGACAUUCUCAAGUACGAACUCUCCAGAGCUGUAAACUCGAGCGUUGACUCAAUUUUCAAAAACAUAUCAUAUGCUUUCGUCAAGUCACCACAGCUACACGUCGAGGAUGGUGGAAUGGUGGAAACAGACGAUGAGACCGCGUUCCUCAGCUCUCCCGAGCCGGCGUCAACAUCCACCCAUGUCGACAGCAUGUCACGACUCCCCCCAUGUUCCGAGAGUGGUAUGGCCCAACAACUACCAGAGAUUCAAACCGAGGCUCUAUCUCUGGUUGUUCAAAAGCCUGCUUCAAUGACUCGCCCAUGUUCUCUAAACCUAACAGUGAAAAGGCCUCUCCAUUUCCACCAGCCUCCAUUCCUAUACAACCACCCCACUGCUCUACAGGAAAGCCACAAAGUACUGGACAACCUGAAACACGACAGCUCCCAUCACAAUACCUUCGGAGGGCUCCAGUGUAGACCCAGUACCAUGGGUCUGCCUACCCCAGAGAUAGUUGACUUACCGUGGGAUCCGGUCAUAGUGAGGUCCAGGGUGACCUCCAGGCCACCCGGGAGUCCUCAGGUUAACCAACCCAUGACCACAGGGCAUCAUGUGCUUCUGGACAGUCUCCCUCACAUCAAGAUGGACUGUGGUAGCUUUCGGAGUAUGGUGAAAAGGACCUCGUAUGUGCUGAAUGAGGGUCUGACCACAGAGCACCUGAAGAAAGCCAAGUUGAUGUUCUUCUACACUCGCUACCCGAGUUCCAACGUACUCAAAACCUUUUUCUCCGAUGUCCAGCUCACUCGGUGUAUCACGUCCCAGCUGAUCAAAUGGUUCAGUAACUUCAGAGAGUUCUACUAUAUUCAGAUGGAGAAGUUUGCCCGCCAGGCCCGAGUGGAGGGAGUUAACAGUGUGAGGGACGUAGCAGUGAGCAGAGACUCGGAGCUCUUCAGAGCCCUCAACAUGCACUACAACAAGGCCAAUGACUUUCAGGUCCCCGACAGGUUUCUUGAGGUGGCUGAGAUCACACUACAGGAGUUUUACAUUGCCAUCUCUCUGGCCAGAGACUCAGACCCAUCCUGGAAGAAAGUCAUCUAUAAGGUUAUCUGUAAACUGGACAGUGACGUACCGGCUGAAUUCAAAGCCCCCUUCACAACGUAGAAAGAGUCAGACGAGAGGAGUUUAACCCAGGAUGAUUGGCGCUGUAUUAAAACAAAUAUAUAUAUAUAUAUAUAUAUAUAUAUAUCCCUGCAUGUCCCACUGAAUUUAAGCAUCCUUCAAAAAGCUCACCUCACAACAUAGACCUUUUUGCAAUUUGAUUUCCACGAUUCCUCUCCUUUAAAAAACACAUUUGGGUAAGAGGAAACUUGUAAACAAAUGAGGAAACUUGUAAACAAAUGAGGGGACUUGUAAACAAAUGAGGGAACUUGUAAACAAAUGAGGGAACUUGUAAACAAAUGAGGGAACUUGUAAACAAAUGAGGGGACUUGUAAACAAAUGAGGGAACUUGUAAACAAAUGAGGGAACUUGUAAACAAAUGCACGGGUAAGAAAAGACUCCUAUAGUCAGAGAGGUGUGUUUAAUCCUUUUAUGUAUAACUAUAUUCUCUCUUAGUGCCAGAGGCCUCUACUGAAUAUGUGUCACUAUCAAUGUUGACAGUUCUGGAUAAAAGCAUCUGCAAAAUACCAUAUUAACUGCAGUAGACCUACAGCUAAAAUACCAUAUUAACCGCAGUAGACCUACAGCUAAAAUACCAUAUUAACUGCAGUAGGCUUACAGCAUCUGCUAAAGACCAUAUUAACUGCAGUAGACCUACAGCUAAAAUACCAUAUUAACCGCAGUAGACCUACAGCUAAAAUACCAUAUUAACUGCAGUAGACCUACAGCUAAAAUACCAUAUUAACUGCAGUAGACCUACAGCUAAAAUACCAUAUUAACUGCAGUAGACCUACAGCUAAAAUACCAUAUUAACCGCAGUAGACCUACAGCUAAAAUACCAUAUUAACUGCAGUAGGCUUACAGCAUCUGCUAAAGACCAUAUUAACUGCAGUAGACCUACAGCUAAAAUACCAUAUUAACCGCAGUAGACCUACAGCUAAAAUACCAUAUUAACCACAGUAGACCUACAGCUAAAAUACCAUAUUAACCACAGUAGCCCUACAGCUAAAAUACCAUAUUAACCACAGUAGACCUACAGCUAAAAUACCAUAUUAACCGCAGUAGACCUACAGCUAAAAUACCAUAUUAACCACAGUAGACCUACAGCUAAAAUACCAUUUUAACUGCAGUCUGGCCUUCAGCAGCCGACUAUCCAUGCCACAAACAGAAAGAUCUGCCAUGUGCGAGUGUCUGUAGUUGUGUGAAUCUCUGGGCAAAUUAUAUUUCUGUUAAGAAAUGUGAAUCCAAAUGGAAUUGGCCUGUCGAGCAGACUUAUCAACCAGUAUAUCAUUUUAAAACAGGCAUAAUGAAUUGUACAAUGUGUAUUUUCUUUUUGCUAUAGCGACACGAUUAACAAUAAUACAAGAGGCCUUGGUUCACGUUUUUCUUUUAUACAUACAUCAAUUGAAACGAGCAUUUCGCAGGCAUA